AAAAAUGUCAUCUCAAACAACAGCCUAAUAUAGAAUGUACUUGGGUGCUAGAGUGUUGUGGCCACCUGAUUGUCCUGAUGAUAUUCUAGAAGGAGCUAUAAAUGAAACACAAAGUUGUUUAAAAACAUUUGAAGCAAAAGAUGGAUAAAAGGUAACAGUUUCAUAACUUAUUUAUAGAUGGCAGAACACUUAAAGAAGUAUUUGGAUACUAAUUUUGAACCAUUUUGGCAUGUAUUUUUUGGUAAGAAUUUUGGAUGUCAUUCUAUUCAUGAAAAAAGAAGAUUUAUCUACUUUUACAUUGAUAAAACAGCAUACCUAUUUUACAAAACAUAAUGAAAUAUAUAUAUCAGAG